AGAGAGAGAGGGGGAAAACUUGUUCCACAGAGCACCUUUUAUCACCUAGAACACAGAAACACAUUCUCCUCCACUUCUCUGGACUUGCACGCUGAAGAGCUCCACACGGAUAAACUUCCCAGCAGGCUGCACAAGGACGUUACAGUGAGGGCAGAUGAUCAGCUUCGAGCGGCCCCCUCCAUUAGCGGCCGUGUGGACGGGGAGAGAUCCUCCCUCUGCGGCCAUCAUGCCUCUGAAAACCACCCAGACGCAGCAGCGGAGGAGAAUGAGGAGGAUGGAGAAGGCCAAAGCUGGACAGCGCUCCAAAAAGCUGGCCCUCCUGUCCCGUUCCCUCAUCAUCUGCAGCUCCAGGACCAGCGAUGACCUCCCCAGCCCGGAGGAGAAGUAUGGGUAUGGCGACUGGAAGGAAGUGUACCAGGGAGCCCAUCUGGGCCAGUCAGUUGUGAUGGGGCAUCCAGAGAAGGAUCUAAGCAGGAGCAUCAGUCUGCAGGCACCGAAGAACUCAGAGGAACCCAAGAAGACCAUGAGGAGGUCCUUCUCCAUCAGGGAAAGCAGUUUCUGGAGAAUGUGUGUGGCUACUGGAGAGGAGGGUGGGCCGCUGGGGCCUCAAGUGGGCGAUAAUGACCUCCAGCCUGGUGACAAUAUCCUUUCUGUUGGCCAUGUGCGAAACGGAGGGCAAUUAUACAGGGACAAUUAUAUCCACUAUGGCGAAAGGCUGGCCCCAUUUAAUGGGCAGGUUAUAAAUGGCCUCACAAAAAAUGAGUCUGAGUUGGAGAGACAGUCGGCUAUGAAAACCGUCCCCAGAACAGUCAGCGCUGAAGUUGUCUCCAUGUGUGAAACCAGUGGGCUUUUGGCAAAUGUGAAUUCAGCUGACUCUCUGGCCUACAGAAAAGAAACACUGGGGACCAGCGCUAACAUAAAGGUGCCUAUUAUUGAGGUAUCAGAGAUCAACAACAAAAACUUAGGCACUGAGGCAGAAGUAAAAGAAAUAAACUGUGAAGAUACAACCUGUAAGAGGACUCGCUCCAACUCCACAAGCGUUCACCCAUACUGGAUCGGAGACUUGGACACCAUCAUUAUGAAAACGCCGGAGCUGUUCCCAUGUCGUGUCCACGCCACCACAGGCCUUUAUGGCAACAGGAAAUCUCUCUCCCAACAGCUGGAAUUCCCUCACAGCAUUCCACAGGCGGUGCCCAGGCCCUCUCGCUCUCUCAGUUCAGCACAUUUGCUUCACUCCUGCAGCAGCGUUCAGGCUUUCAUCAUCUGUAAUAUAGUCCUGAUGAAAGCGCCAGGGAAGGGUCUGGGUUUCAGUAUAGUGGGAGGCAGAGACAGCAUGUACGGUCCAAUGGGAAUCUACGUGAAGACGAUUUUCCCUGGUGGAGCGGCUGCAGCUGAUGGAAGACUGCAGGAAGGAGAUGAAAUUCUGGAGCUGAACGGAGAGUCUCUGCACGGUCUCACUCAUGAGGACGCCUUACAGAGGUUUAAACAAGUGAAGAAGGGUUUGUUGACCCUGGUGGUGCGGACGAGCCUGAGGAUGGAUGCUCUGUCGGGCAGUGGGACGCAGGCGGCUCAGCUCUGCCGCUCCAGAUCUCUCAGCUCCACGGCAGGAAUCAGCAGGACCAGCGCUGACCUGGCCGAGUACACCUGUUUGGGAAACCCCGCCAAGGCCCGAGACCGCAUCAUGAUGGAGAUCACAUUACAGAAGGAGGUCGGUGUGGGUCUCGGUAUCGGCCUGUGCUGUGUGCCGUCUGCUGAAGGCUGUCCUGGUAUCUACAUUCACACUCUGUCACCAGGAUCUGUGGCGCACAUGGAUGGACGCUUGAGAUGUGGUGAUGAGAUCAUGGAGAUCAAUGACACGGUGGUUUGCAGCAUGUCACUAAACGAUGUGUACACAGUUCUGAGUCAGUGCAGUCCUGGUCCAGUGCAAAUCAUCAUCAGUCGACACCCCGACCCAAAAGUUUCUGAACAGCAGCUGAAUGAGGCCAUUGCUCAGGCAGUAGAGAACAGCAAGCUGAAGAGAGACAAGAGUCAGUGGAGUAUGGAGGGUCUAAAAAGGCUGGACCCCUGUUCACACAGCAGGCAGAAGUGUGAGCGCUGCCUGGAGCGGAGUCAAAGCCAGCUGACCUGCAGACGGGCCCAGAAACCCAUGAUGCGGUCCUGCAGUGAGGGUGCCUACAGUCAGCGCUGUGCACCAGCCAGCACCAAUACACUGCCCUAUCCACAGCAAGAGCACAUCAUCAGGGUACACAGCAUGGAUGCUUCAAUUACAGCCAGUUGUGAAGUUCCAGCCAAUGGCAGAUUGUCUCCAGCCUCGUUGGCAGAUGAUGACUACAAUGUCCCCUAUAACUCUCCAGCGAACUUUGUGGGCCAGCAGUCAUUAGAAGUGGCGGUUGGCAGGGCAAGAGGUUUCAAGGCCAGACCACGCUCUCUUCCGCGGCGGUUCUGCAGGAGGCAGGAUGUCACCAGCGAAGAGGCGUUGACUGACUCGAGUGGUUCCAGUCGAGGUUCUCCACAGAAAGAGGAAGAACUGCUGCAUUCACAAAGCUACUGCCAGGAAGCGAGCGAGCGUUCAGAAGGAACUAAAACAGCACUCUCUGAACCUGCCGCUGCUGGUGUGAGUGAAAAUACACACAGGGAGGGCAGACAACACAGAGACUCAGAGACUUCCAUCCACGUGAGCAAUUCAUCUAAAAGAACCGGCCUGAAACGUCAAGGCCGUGUUGAGUUAAGCCCUGAAGAGCAAAUUGACCCCUGGGUAAAGCUAGCUGUUAGUCCAGAGAAGAACCUGCACCAUCCUAAAACCAUGAGUGACUACAAUGGGAAUAACGAGAUUAAUGGUACAGAAUCAGAAACCACAGAUGACAUCUCAAGCUCGAAGCCAGAGGAAACCUCUGGUGCUAAAAAGGGUCCCCCAGUGGCUCCAAAACCUUCCUGGGUACGCCAAAGCCUCAGAAGCAUUAAGUCUGGGAAAUCGCCAGCGGAGGCUUUUAAACAUCCAGACAGCAGGAGCCAAGAUGCUGGAAGGACCUUUGGCGUUAGUCUGAGAGCCACUUCGUCAGCAGGGAAUCUAUCAAUCAAGCAAAAGAUCAGCUCAUUUGAGACCUUUUCUAACACUGAUGGAGGAGAGCGGACAAGCAGAAGACUAGCUCCACACUCAUCCCUUCCUUUGACGGAAAAAAGUCAAGCACGGGUUGAGAAGGCACAGCCUGUAGAUGUCAAUAAUGCAGGGAGAAGCAGAACCUCUGUCAUCAAUGCAAAUGCCAAUGACAAACCUUCUCAACCUGACACUUCUGAACCACCUCCCACCACCGAACUGUCUUCAGAAGUAGAGCAAACAACGCCCGAGAAAACAUCUUCAGAAAAAGAUCAAACAACAUCUGAAGUAACAGAGACAUGCGAUCCAACCACAGUUGAAAACCCCUCUGAGGAAUCCACAAACCCUCCAGAAGAGAUUCCGUCAACAGCCGAAAAAGAGGAAGAAGCAAGUGCUCCUGAGGAAGACUUGCCUUCUGUCGGGCAUUGCCCCAGAAGGUCUAGCAGUUCUAAAGAUCCUCCAUCAGAAAAGCACUCAUCUUCAGAAGAUCAAGCAAGUCAUCCUGCAAGCUUAAGAACCAGGAGCCUACCCUUGAACACCAACCCUUCGACAGAUGCCCACAACCAAAGUGGUCUGGAGGGGGUUUCUCUAGAGAUCAUUCUCUCCUUCAGCAACCAGGUGUCCCAUGCCUUGAUGCGGUCCAUGCAAUCCCUUCCACAAUCCCCCUGCAUAAAGCUAGGCAACCCCUGGAGUGCCCCUUCUGGAUCAUCUCUUUCAAACCCUUCAGAAGAAGAAGUCUCUUCAGCUGAGAAGCCUCCACAAUCCCCAGCACCAGACAACAAUGACAAAGGCUUCUCUGUGAGCCUGGCUGAACUGAGAGAGCGCACUAUUGAGAGAGGAGAAGAGCGCGAGAAAGAUGACGGUGGACUUGAACUACCCCUCACCACACCCUCUGCAGUGUGCGCCCAGUCAUUGAUCUCAGCACUUCCUCCCCAAGAGAUCCAGCGGAUGAUCCAGGAGGUCAAGGACCUCGAUGAGGACACCCUAAAGCAACUGGAAGACAUCCAUGUAGUCAUUCUGCACAAGGAGGAAGGAGCUGGCUUGGGUUUCAGUAUUGCUGGUGGUAUCGAUCUGGAGAACAAAGCAACUACAGUUCACAGGGUCUUUCCACAAGGCCUUGCGGCUCAGGAAGGCACCAUUGAGAAAGGAGACGAGGUGCUAUCCAUCAACGGGCAGACACUGAAGAAUGUAAAGCACAGCGAUGCUACCGCAGCACUCCGUCAAGCGCGUGACUUGAAACAGGCAGUGGUUGUGGUGUGCAAGAGCAAAGAGGGAGGAGAUAGCAGAGGAAAUAACGCUAACGACGCUGGCUGCAGCAGUGGCACAGAGCCCAGCUUCACAGAUGAGAGUGGUGAUGUCUUGACCCUGGAGUUGGAGAAAAAUGCAGGUGGAGUUGGUUUUAGCUUGGAAGGAGGAAAAGGCUCCAUUCAUGGUGACAAACCUUUGGUCAUCAACAGAAUCUUUACAGGCAGUACAGCGGAGCAGAAAGGUCUGCAGGUUGGUGACGAGCUGCUGCAGGUCCAGGGCUCAGCUGUGCAAGGUCUUGCACGGUUCGAGGCCUGGACCCUCAUCAAAGGCCUUCCUGAUGGGUCAUUCACCGCAGUCAUCAGAAGGAAGAAAGACGAAUAGAGCUAACCCCAUUACAAAAGUACUGUAAACAACCACCUUGGAGCCUAAGCAGCUGAACAGAGAAAGCACACAGAUUAAGCCUGAUCUUAUACUAGAGUAUUAAUUACUAGAGAAUCUCUAAUGACAAUGGCAUUUAUUAAGAAUAAUAGUAAUGACAACACAUUUGUAUUUGUAUAGCUGUUUUAUAAAACCCAAAGAUGUUUACAGUGGAUGAGAAAACAAACAUAAAAUGACGUAACAUGAAG